UCUGAACGUCUGUUACAUAAAUUAGUUAAUAAUUUAACAAACUUUAGUAGUCAUGGAUACGUUUAACAAUUGGCGAACCGACGUGGUGGCGAUAUGCCAAGGAUGUUAUGUCGGUCGAUUAUCAGUGAACUCUCUCUUCUCGAGAAAAAAACGGUCCCAUGCGAUGUGACGGGCGCGGGUGAAAACGAUCGUGCGACGUUUACAAAAUCGACGAGUGACAGAAGCAAGCAGAAGCAGAAGCAUGGUUCUAUCACCUCUACUGUCAAACUCAUCGCUGCCGAUAUGUUUGAGAACUCUCGUACGUGUGACAUCAACCAGGAACUUCGUCAGAAGUCGACAUAACCGCGCUUUGCCGCCGACAAUUUUAACGAAAGUCUUUGGCAGUAAUAAAGGAAAGACAUUCGGGAAAGAAGCGACUGCUGGUUCGGCGCAGAAAACGCUUAAUUUCGUUUCACCAUGUUUGCGAGAAGAACUCUUGUGCAAGGUCUCAGAGCCUGUCAGAGACUGUUGCCAUAAAGUCACUAUUGUUGGUGCCGGUAUGGUCGGCGUUGCCAUUGCCAAUUCACUUCUCUUUCAACGAAUUACUUCACAUAUCGCAAUGGUAGAUAUCUUUCCUAAAAAACUCGAAGGCGAAGGAAUGGACUUCUGUCACAGUUCCGUAUUUAUAGGAGAUCCAAAGAUCGAGUAUGAUACUGAUUUUUGUAUAAGCCAAAAUUCAAAAGUCGUAGUCAUUUGUGCGGGUGUACGACCACAGAAAGGCGAAACUCGACUUAAUUUGGUGCAAAAAAAUACAGAGGUACUCAAAAACAUGAUACCACCUCUGGUAAGCUACAGCCCGAAUGCGGUGUUCCUCAUCAUUAGCAAUCCAGUGGAUAUUUUGGCCUGGAUCACCUGGAAAGUAAGUGGACUUCCGGUCCAUCAAGUAAUCGGCAGCGGAACCCACCUGGACAGCGCAAGAUUUCGCUAUUUGAUUGCUGAUCGAUUAGGAAUAGCGCCGAGUUCGGUGCAAGCAAACAUAAUUGGUGAACAUGGGGACAGUAUGGUUCCGCUCUGGUCAGGAGUGAAUGUGGCAGGAGUGCAAUUUCGCGAUAUUAUUCCAAAUAUCGGUUUAGAGACGGAUGACGAAAAAUGGUACGAAAUAUCGAAAGAAGUUGUGAAAAUGGGUCCGACAGUGCGAUGUUUAAAAGGAUACUCCAAUACGGCCAUUGGGCUUUCUACAGUCGACAUAAUAAUAGCAAUAUUGCGCAAUACACAAACGAUAAUGCCAGUUUCGACUUUAGUUCAGGGUCAUCAUGGUGUAAGCAACGAUAUGUUUCUAUCUCUACCUUGCGCGAUUGGCGAAAAUGGCAUUACGCAGAUCGUUCGAAUGCAUAUCACUGAACAUGAGAAAAAGUUGUUUCAGGCUUCGGCGAACAUCGUAUAUAACGUACAAAAGGACAUUAAAACUUGA